AUGGCUGUAUCUGGGUUUGAAGGAUUUGAGAAACGUUUGGAACUUAAUUUCUUUGGAGAUGAUCCAAUUAUCUUCCAACUGGGUCUAAGAAAAAUUGAUUUUGAAUCAAUACAACAAGUGUUGGAAGCUGUUCAAUGUACCGUGGUUUCAGCCGUCGGUAACUCUUACUUUGAUGCUUAUGUUUUAUCAGAAUCAAGCCUCUUUGUUUAUCCAACUAAGAUCAUAAUCAAAACUUGUGGAACUACUCAACUUCUCAAAUCCAUUCUUCCUUUAAUCCAUUAUGCAAACCAUUUAGGUCUCACUUUAUGCUCUUGUCGUUACACAAGAGGAAGCUUCAUCUUCCCAAACUCACAACCUUUCCCUCACACAAGCUUCAAUGAUGAAGUAACCUUCUUACAAGACACUAUCCCUUCCAGUCUUUGCCAUAGAAAAGCUUCCAUCAUGCCCUCAAAAUCAUCUUCACACUCUUGGCAUGUUUUCACCGCACACUCUUCAAUAACUCAUCACAAUCAUAGUGAUACUGAUGUAUUCACUAUGGAGAUAUGCAUGACAGAGCUAGACCUUAUUCUAGCUCGCAAAUUCUUCCGUCGACCCGGGGAUGGAAAAACCGGCGACUCUGCCGGAAAAGAGAUGACGGAGCUUACCGGAAUCAAUGAAAUAAACCCAAACGCAUUGAUUUGCGACUUUGCAUUUGAUCCUUGUGGCUACUCAAUGAAUGGAAUGGAUAAUGAUUGGUACUCCACCAUUCAUGUAACACCGGAAGAUGGUUUCAGCUACGCAAGCUUUGAAUGCGUUGGCUCUGUUAACGACAACAUAGUACACGUGUUGAGGAAAGUUGUUCAGAUUUUCCGACCAGGUACGAUGUCGAUAUCAACGACAUGCAGUGGCUACAACAACGAGAUGUUGAAGAAGAUGGUAAAUGCUGUUGAGCCUCUUGGAUUGAAAUGUAGAAGUCGCGCGGUGGAUCAGUUCCCGGCGGGGGAGACGGUUGUUUUUCAAACAUUCACGGCUCGCCGGAGAAGUGUUUAA